AAUAUUUUCACAUCUCUAUUGUUUUGCCUCAAAAAAGUAAAUUAUUCAUUAAACUCGGUUUUAAUAGUACCAGCCCACUGUAAAAUGAUAUCCCUACCCGACACAGACAGUGAGGAUGAGCUGCCACCCGGCUGGGAGGAGAGAGCGACCGACGAUGGCACCGUCUGCUAUGUGAACCAACAAAGUAAGACGUCGCAGUGGACGCACCCACGCACAGGUCGCUCCAAGCGCAUCACCGGUGAGCUGCCCUUGGGCUGGGAGAAGUACUACGAUGAGCAGGGCAAGCGGUUUAUGUUCAUCAACAAGGAGACGCAGCAGCGUACAAAUGUGGAUCCCCGCUUGGCUUUUGCCGUGGAGGAGCCAACGCAGAAUGUGGCGCAGGUGCGGCAGCGCUUUGAUUCCUGUUCCACUGCCCUGCAGGUGCUGCACGGCAAGGAUCUGCAUGGCCGCCUGGCUCUCAUCACGGGUUCCAACUGUGGCAUUGGCUUCGAAACGGCUCGUUCAUUGGCCCAGCACGGCUGUGAGAUCAUAUUCGCCUGCCGGAACAGAAGCUCUGCAGAGGCUGCCAUCGAAAGGAUUGCCCAGGAGCGCCCGGCAGCCCGGGCCCGCUGUCGUUUCGCAGCCCUGGACUUGAGCUCCCUGCGCUCCGUUCAGCAAUUUGUUAGAGAAAUCAAGCAGAGCGUAAACCAUAUUGAUUAUCUAAUACUGAAUGCCGGCGUUUUUGCUCUGCCCUACACUAAGACCGUUGAUGGUCUGGAAACCACAUUCCAGGUCUCGCACCUGUCCCAUUUCUACCUCACAUUGCAACUGGAGACGCUGUUUGAUUAUAAAACACGAAUUGUGGUUCUGUCAUCCGAAUCGCACAGAUUUGCCAAUCUGCCCGUGGAGAAUCUGGCGGUGCAUCAUCUGUCGCCGCCGCCAGAGAAGUACUGGAGCAUGAUGGCCUACAACAAUGCCAAGCUGUGCAAUGUCCUGUUCGCCCAGGAACUGGCCCAGCGCUGGAAGCAGCGAGGUAUCUCUGUGUUCAGCGUACAUCCCGGCAAUAUGGUAUCCACCGAUAUCUCGCGCAACUAUUGGUUCUACCGCCUGCUGUUCGCCAUAGUGCGUCCCUUUACGAAGUCCCUGCAACAAGCGGCCGCCACGAGCAUAUACUGCGCCACAGCCAAAGAGCUGACGGGCUUGUCCGGACUGUACUUCAACAACUGUUUCUUUUGCGAGCCCAGCAAGCUCUCCAGGAGCGCCACACUGCAGCAGCAGCUCUGGCAAGUCAGCGAACACUUGCUCACCGAACUUUUGGAACAGGAGGAGCAUUAGCUCAAGUCAGACCGCAUUUUUAUCAUUAGCCAAUAUGAUUGGGAAAAAUCGCAUUCUGCGGACUAGUGCCAUGGGAAUACUCUUGGCCACCUG